AUGCGGGAGAAGAAAGAAAAACGAGAAAACUCCAAGACUACAGAAAAGGGAAAAGAGAAGCAAUACAAUGUGAAUACCUCAACAUCUAAUGGCCUAGGCGACUAUGUCAUAGCAAUGUACGACGGAAAACCUUUUAUAGGUUUAAUCACUGAUUCAGAAGGAGACAAGUACGAAAUAAAUGCAAUGAGGCAACGAACUGAUAAAAUGUGGUUAUGGCCUAAACCAAAGGAUCAGAUAUGGUAUUCCCGUAACUCCAUAGCCAAAAAAAUAGAAAAGCUUGUUCUAAGUUGCAAGACCGGUGCUUAUGUUUGUAAAGAUAUGGAUGAGUAUACAAAAUAG